UUUUUUUUUUUUUUUACUCGGCGGCAUUUAUUAAAGUGUGUCCCGAGACUUGAACGACUUGUUCUUAUCGAAGAGGCGGAGACAUAACUUAUUAGGAGGCACAUCGCCUCAACUCUUGUCGCCUGCAAACAUGAUGAUGAUGUCUUUGAACAGCAAGCAAGCUUUCAGCAUGCCUCACACCAGCCUGUCCGAGCCCAAGUACUCCAGUUUGCACUCCUCGUCCACAACGUUGACUUCCAGCGCCCCGUCUUCGUGCUCCUCCGCGUCCAGGAACAGCAUCAGCAUCAGCAUCAGUAGCAGCAGCAACCACAACUCUGGCGGCUCCGGCAGCUCGGAGGGGAUGCGCCGAGCCUGUCUCCCAACCCCACCGAGCAAUAUAUUCGGCGGCUUGGAUGAGAGUUUGCUGGCCCGCGCUGAAGCUCUGGCGGCUGUGGAUAUAGUCUCUCAGACCAAGAGCCACCCUCAUCCUCCUCAUCACAGCCCCUUUAAGCCGGACGCUACCUACCACACCAUGAACACUAUCCCGUGUACUUCUGCCGCUUCGUCUUCCUCCUCCGUGCCAAUAUCUCAUCCUUCUGCCCUGGCAGCACCUCACCAUCACCACCACCACCAUCACCAUCAUCACCCUCAGCCACACCAAGCUCUGGAGGGGGAACUUCUGGACCACAUUACCCCAGGGCUAGCGCUGGGGGCCAUGGCCGGGCCAGAUGGAUCUGUUGUCUCCACACCGGCUCACCCGGCGCACAUGGCAGGUAUGAACCCCAUGCACCAGGCAGCCCUCAAUAUGGCUCAUGCCCACGGACUGCCUUCGCACAUGGGCUGCAUGAGCGACGUGGACGCCGAUCCCAGGGACUUGGAAGCGUUCGCCGAGAGAUUCAAGCAGAGGCGGAUCAAGCUUGGGGUGACCCAGGCGGAUGUAGGGUCAGCCUUGGCUAACUUGAAGAUCCCGGGAGUGGGUUCCCUCAGUCAAAGCACCAUCUGCCGAUUUGAGUCCCUCACGUUGUCGCACAACAACAUGAUCGCCCUCAAACCCAUCUUACAAGCCUGGCUGGAAGAGGCGGAGAAAUCACACAGGGAAAAACUCAACAAGCCGGAGCUCUUCAACGGAGCCGAAAAGAAAAGGAAGCGCACCUCCAUAGCGGCCCCAGAGAAAAGAUCCCUGGAAGCUUACUUCGCCAUCCAGCCUCGUCCUUCAUCGGAGAAAAUCGCGGCCAUAGCAGAAAAACUGGACCUGAAAAAAAACGUGGUCCGUGUUUGGUUUUGUAAUCAGCGGCAAAAACAAAAGAGAAUGAAGUAUUCUGCAUGCGUGUGACGUUUUACAAAAACAGCGAAAAAAAAAAACCUGCCAAGAGACAGACAGGCGACAUGCGACAUUUGUAAAAUAAUUCUUAUCUCAUGUACUUUACUUUCAUGUUCGUCUGAGACCUGGACUUGUAAAAAACGAAUUUUUGUUUGUAUCCAAAGUGAGUAAAAAAAGCACUGAAAAAGGAAAAAAAAAAAACACUGAAAGAAUUCCAGAAAAAAAGAAAAAAAAAAUCGAAUACACACGUUGAACCCUUAAAGGACGUGGGAUCAUUUUUAAAGGAUUAAUUGUCAGAGCAAGUAAGACUAUUAGUUUCUUUCCCUUAUGCUUCCUCCUUUCUUUUUCCUUAUGAAAGAAAAAAA